AUGUCUGCCUCUGCUGUCUCCUUCUUCUGGCACACAGCCGAGCUUGUUCAGCCGUCUCGAUCGGCUGGCGCCAAUAGCAACGGUCUCUUCUUCUGCGAUCGUUUGUGGAGUGCAGAAACGUUGAGCGGAGAAUCGGCAGAAGAUUCGUUUUGGGCUGAGCUUGACAUCUUCAGCAACCAGCUACCAGGAGGGAUGAAUCCACAGAAAUGCACCGACACCAUCGGGCUGAGCCACGCGUCAGCGGAGCGGAUGGACACAGGUAACGAAGAUUGUGACACGAGACACGAAACGCACCGGCACGAGCUCUGCACGACAGGCUGUAAUGUCUCGUCGAGCGUGUUGGUCGGCGAAGGCGCUCUCAGGUCCAACACUGAGCACGGAGGUGACGGCGAGGUAGUUCUUCAGCCCGAGUCGGCCAUAUCGGAUGAGGGUGCUGAAGCUUUCCUGUCGCCAGGCCAGCAGCACAUCGAAACACCUCCAGAUGGCCCUGCUGCGCGGUUCAAAGACGUGACGGAAAGCGCGGAGAGUGUCACAAGAGAGCAUCCUGGAUCGAGUCAAGGGCGAGACGCUUCCCCAAGCUAUGACGAAGAACAGCAGCCAGGAUGGCCCAUGGCAGCUGAAGUCGCGACCAGCGAGCAAACGAGUCAAAGUGAGCACCGUCUGAACCAGGAGUUCUUAAAUCAGCGGCAGAAGCUUAGAGACAGAGAAGUGAUGGCUGAAGGCGCGGGUCGAGAGUGCGCAAUCACCACCGAUGCCAUCAUCCUGGACGACGGCAGUAGCGACAAGCAGCCUGUGUGCGGCGUACAGGAAGAGCGGGCAGCACGUAAUGAAGAGGCGGUAGAGGGUGCUGGCUCACCCUGUGGCCCGUCGAAGGAGGCUGUGGAAGAUAAGGAGAGGAGCGUCGAGCCUCUGAGCGGCAGAUCGCCUGGUUCUAAAGGUGUGUCAGCGUUGGUGUUACAAGACGUACGCUGGCUAACUAAACAGACAACCCUAUAG